AUGAAGUCACUUUUUUCACCGAUGAUCAGUCUUUUGUGUUUGGUGAGCAUUCUGAUCACUGUGGUCUGGUACCAUGUCAACAGCAACACCCGUGUGGACCCUCCCUUACCGAUCCCCCAGAAGAAAAGUCCCCCGAAGACCUUUAACCUCUGCAAAAGCUGCAAGAAGAUAAUUGGGAAAAUAAUGGAGGAUUACAACAAAACCUGGCACAAGCAGCAGGAUAACAGCCACAAAUUCAGAUCUCAGCUGACCAGGGAGUGCCAUGGUUUUGACAAAGCCAUCAUAACUCAGGCAAACACUCCAGUGGGAUUUACAAUUGUGUAUGGCUUGCAUGAGAGGACCAUCCAAGUGGAUUCAAAGCUUUUCAGCACCUUUGCAGCGGAGCAUCCUUUCUUAAAUAGAACAUUGGACACAUGUUCUGUUGUUGGGAACGGAGGCAUCCUGGCUGACAGCGGCUGUGGACGGAUGAUUGAUUCAGCUCAGUUUGUAUUCAGGUGCAACCUUCCUCCUUUGGAAAAUUAUGAGAAGCAUGUGGGCACAAAGACAAACCUUGUGACGGUAAACCCAAGCAUCCUUAGACAAAAGUAUGGGUCUCUAAUGAAUCGUCGCCGUCCAUUUGUGGACAGUCUGCGUACAUAUGGCAGUUCUAUGCUCCUCCUUCCUGCUUUCUCCUUAGUCUGGAAUACUGAUUUAUGUGUGCGAGUCGUUUACACCAUCGAGGACUUUGGAAGCCCAGUGAGGCCUGUCUAUUUUAACCCUGAGUACUUCCACAAUUUGGCUGCUUUCUGGCAAAAACAAGGCCUGAAGUCAGGGCGGCUGAGCAGCGGUAUAUUGAUGGUCAGCCUGGCACUUGAAGUCUGUGAAAAUGUGCAUGUUUAUGGGUUCUGGCCCUUCAGUAAUCACCCCUAUGGACUCUACGACCUGACACACCACUACUAUGAUGACAGGCAGGCUGACAAAGUACACGCCAUGCCAGCUGAGUUUGAACUCUUAAUGAAGCUGCACAAUCAGGGGGUUCUGAAACUUCACCUAGGAGACUGCUGA